AUGUCGCAAUCUUUCGACCAAUUGGUGAAUACAAUCCAUUCAGGGGCCAAGAAGAAGAAGAAAUCAAAGAGGAAGGAAGUCACAGGUGAUGCUGCCUUUUUAGAAGCCAACGAAAUCCAUGAGGAUAAAGAGAAAGGGGAUGAAAAACAUGAGAAAAUGACAAACAAAAUUAUCAGUGGAACUUCAAACGGAGCUGACCUCCAAGCACAUAAGAAGCUACUCAAGAUCCGGAAAGAUAUUCAGCAGCAUAAAGAAAUCAAAGAGAAAUUUGAAGCUAAGCCAACUCAGACAGGCUUUCAGGAAGAGUCUAAGGCUGAUAUUCUGACUACUAAGCAGAAGAAAAUUGAUAUUAAGCUAGCAAAGAAGAAAAAGAGAGAUAAGAAGUUGUUCUUGAAACAGAAGGAAGAGGAAGAAAAAGCUAAAGAAAUUGAAGAGGAGAAACAAAAUACAAGGCUUUCUUACUCUACACCGGGACCAGCAGUCAAGGAGACCAAUAAGAGUAAGAGACAUCCUCCUGGCUUCAAGUCUACCUUACCCAGGACCACUAAAGUCACUGGUAAGUUCAGAAAGGAUGGGACAACUAAGAGAACCAAAACACGAUCAAAGCAGAAAAAUAGAAGGAAAGAUAAGCGUUCUGAAGCUGUAUUGAGAGAAAAGUUAGGAAAGCGAUUCCAAGAAUAA